AAUAAACUAUAUUCUAUAUUAGAACAGUGUAACAUUAAUACUAAACAAAAAAAUAAAAAAUAUUAUAAAUAAAUAAUAUGGAAAGGUUCUCACUCUGUAGAAUUUGUUUAUCGGAUAACGUUCGCAUGUAUUUAGUAGCUGACAAGAAGCUGCAGGAACUAUAUGAAAGGCUCACAAAUACUCCAUUUGUUACUCAAGACAAUAGACCAUUAUCAGCCUGCUUCUUCUGCUACGCCAAGCUGAAACAAUGUUGUUGGUUUAUGCAGAAGUGCAAGGAAGGCGAGGAGUUGUUCUAUCAAAUGCUAAACGGAGAUUAUGAGCAAAAACCAUUGAAAUUAAAACCGGUACACUAUGGUGGUUAUAUAAAAACUGCAGUACAGCAUAUAGACACCAAUGACCUGGACAGCGUCAUCAAGGAGGAAGCAGCUGAAAGCCUCAGAGCUGAUACGGAGAUGAAGGAAGAAUGUCAUGGCGAUGAAGCAUCACAAGAUAUGGAUAACACCUUCUCGUUACCAGAAGACUUGCCCCAACAUUCCGAUUCAGAAGAUGAUUUACCUUUAAUGAAGUUUAAGACUGAAGCUGAAGAAGAUAGAGAAAUUGUUCCCAAGAAGAGAAUUAAGAAGAGAGUGCGCAAACCGGAUUGCAGCGAAAUAAUACUAUCAAAAGAGGAACAGAUACAAAAUUUGCAAGCUAGAUCUAAAUCUAUGAAUUACAUAAAUUCUCCGUAUAAGUGCAGUUAUUGUUUUAAAGGAUUCGUCGAUGUAAGGGCUUACGGUAACCAUAAGUUGAAGCAUGAUGUGCGAAGCGGUCCCCAUGUCUGUGACAUCUGUCAGAUGAGGUACCGUUCACAGCAACUACUGCGAACCCACGCGAAUAAUGCCCACGUCAGGAUUUAUAAGUGUAAUAAAUGUGGAUACAUAUCGCAUACUGGGAAACCGACCUCCUACCUAUCUCAUAUGAGGAAAAGACAUCCCACAGAGCAUGUUUGUAACAUAUGUGGCGACAGCUUCGUAGGUAAACAUGGACUACAGAUGCACAAGAAGAAAACACAUUUGGAUAGCGAAAAGAUGCCUGAUCCAGAUAAUCCCGAAGAUCCCGCCACAGGGAGAUUCUGUAAGGAAUGUAAUAUACAGUUCUAUAGCUUAGACGCUUGGAAACGUCACAUUUUGAGCUCCAUCAAACACACUCUAAAAACUGAAGAAAGAAAUCGUAAGAAAGUGACGGAAUUACCGAAUUGUCCGGUCUGCAGUUGUACUAUUAGACAAGGGGAAUUGGACUCUCAUUUAAGUUUGGAAGUGGAGAGAUUGCAGAAAUUGUCCGGAAGUGGGUCUAAAAGGAAGCUUAGUGUUAAUUCUAGUGCUAACCUAGCUGUGCCUGGAUCUAGUACUAGCCAAGAUGUUCUUGAAGAUGAAGUAGACGUAUCCGGCUGUUUGGGCAGCGAUGUUUACCAAAUACUGUCCCUGUCUGUGUAA